CAAAGAAUGGAAAGAAUCUUCAUCUGGGCACUCCUCAUUUGGAUCACUCUCACCAUUCCAAGGUCAAAUUCAGUAGAAGAUGAAGUGAAGAAAGCUAUGAUCGAGUUCAUGGACAACCUUUCACCACAAAAUGAUGUAGUACUAAGACUUGGCAACUGGGGAUGGAACUCGACUUCGGACCCUUGCAAAGACAAGUGGUUCGGUGUUGAAUGCAACGAUGGAUUAACUACAGUGAGGAAAAUUGUUCUUGAAAAGCUUAGCUUUAAUGGAACCUUCGAUGCUUCUUCAUUGUGCUUAGUGACCUCCAUUACUGUCCUUAGUCUUCAGACCAACAACCUCACCGGAAACCUCCCACUUGAGAUUGGAGACUGUAAAGCACUCACUCAUUUAUACUUAGCCGGAAACCAAUUCUCCGGUGACCUUCCCGACUCACUUGCCCAGCUUAGUAACCUGAAAAGGCUGCAUAUCUCAGAUAACAAGUUCCACGGCAACCUCCCUAAUAUUUCACGAAUCUCGGGCUUGGUAUCUUUUGUAGCUGAAAACAACGAGCUUAGUGGGAGAAUCCCAGAUUUCGAUUUCACCAAUUUUGAUAAAUUCAAUGCUUCAAAUAACAACUUCUCCGGCCAAAUCCCAGAUGUGAAAGGAAAAUUCGAAGCCCAGAGUUUUCUGGGAAAUCCUUAUUUGUGCGGAAUUCCAUUACCAAAUCUCUGCCCACCACCAUUAAAAACAGAGAAACCCAAAAAAAUCUCAGCAAAAAAGAUUCUCAUAUAUUCGGGUUAUGUGAUCAUGGGCUCAUUCAUUUUAGUAUUAGCCAUUUUCAUAUUCCUCAAGAGAAAAAAACCCCGAAAGGAAAACACUGAAUCUCGUAGCGCCAUGCCGAGUAGUACCAUUGCUUCCGGCGAAACCAGAAAAGAGCGUUCGGAGUAUUCAUUAACGUCGCUAGAGAGCGGGAGGAUUCCGACGCUGGUAGUUCUUGGAAGUCCUGGGAAGAAGACGGCGACACUUGGGUUGUCGUUUGAAGGGCUGCUUAAGGCUCCGGCAGAGCUUUUGGGGAGAGGAAAGCAUGGUAGUUUGUACAAAGUGAGAGUGGAAAAUGGGGUUUUGUUGGCGGUGAAGAGGAUCAAGGAUUGGGAUAUUUCUUUGGAGGAGUUUGAUCGGAGAAUGAGGAGGUUGGACCAGGUGAAGCACCGGAAUGUGUUGCCGCCGGUUGCGUUUUAUGGCUCCGAACAAGAGAAGCUCUUGGUUUAUGACUUUCAGCCUAAUGGCAGUCUUUUCCAACGUCUACAUGGAUCAUCAGAAAGUAAUGGGCAAGUAUUUGACUGGGGAAGUAGACUAAGUGUUGCAGCUAUUAUUUCCGAGGCAUUAUCCUUCAUGCAUGAUGAGCUUAAUCAAGAUGGAGUUGGCCAUGGCAACUUAAAGUCCAUGAACAUUCUUUUCAACCAAGCUAUGGAGCCUUGCAUCAGUGAAUAUGGUCUCAUGGUUGUUGAAAAUGAAAAUCAACACCAUUCAAUAAUGGAAGCAACUUAUUAUAAUGAUGAAGAAUCAACUUCUUCUCAAACCACUUUUAAGGUUGAUAUCUAUGGUUUUGGUGUGAUUCUUCUAGAGCUUUUAACAGGGAGGUUGGUUCAGAAAAAUGGAUUUGAUUUGCCUAAUUGGGUUCAAUCAGUGGUUAAAGAGGAAUGGACUGUUGAAGUGUUUGACAAGGCAUUGAUCUCAGAAGGUGCUAAUGAAGAGAGAAUGGUUAAUUUGUUGCUUGUUGCUUUGAAGUGCAUAAAUCCCUCUCCAAAUCAAAGGCCUACUAUGACUCAAGUUUCUAUGAUGAUAAAUUGUAUUAGAGAUGAGGAAGAGAGAUCUUUAUCAUUUGCAUUGUGAUGUACGCAUAUCUAAACUAACAAAUUCUUUCUCACACACACAUAUAUAUAUACGUGUGUGUUCAUUAUUGGUUGUAAGGAAUUAAAAUGCAAACAUGAAGCAUACAUAAAUGAUUAUGAAAAAUGCAGAAUAGUUAAACUAUAAAAAUCAAAUGUUUAUAUAAAUGUAUAUGCAAUGAAAGGAUAAAAAUAUUUCCACACAUUAAUUCGUAGAGUUUAGAUCUACAAGCUUAGAUCUAUGAAGAGGAACAAAGAAUAGCGUUCUAACAUGUAUUCAGAGUUGUAAGCUCUCUCUAACUCUUUUAAAUACAAUUAUAUUGUAACACAAAGUGUUGCCAUCUUACUUUUAGCCAACGACGAUAAGUUAAUAUAAGCGAUUAGAAACAAUCAUUAAUAAUAAUUAAGUAAUAAAAACACGAAUUUGUUAUAGAAGUUCGACCCUGUAAUAGUGGUAAUAGUCUACUCUCCUUAUACAUGUAUUAACUUGUGAGAGAAGAAUAAGGAAGUUCUUGAUCUUCCUCGAAAGCUUUUACAGAAAUUUUAGCAACGUAAGUGCUUUAUUGAGUGAAUAA